GGGCAGUGAGCUGGGAGGCCAGCGCGCUGAGUUCGGCAGCGCAGUGAUUGGUGACUCGGGAGCGGAGCCGAGCGCGGCUGCAGCCCCGGGGAUUGGGCGGGCUCUGGGCUCCCAACGAGACCUCCUGAGCCAAUGGCAAGCAUUUCCUAUUGAGACCCCCAAGUGCUCCCCGGCCCCUCGGUUUCUUCCCCAGACAUUGGGCCCUUUCUUGUGUCCUGUUUGCCAAAGGCACGCCGGCUCUGGCAUUCCGGAGCCUCGGUGCCUAAACAAAGGCUGGGCGAGCAAUGGCCCCCGCCCCCGCCUGCCCGCUCCGAGGAUGAGCGCUCGGCAGUGAGAAGCUGGGAGCGACCCAGCUGGGGCUGCCUUCGUUCGUUGCUUUGCGCCGGAGGACAUGGAGAAAGGCACGCACUUUGAAAGAGCCUGCCGUAGGAGCGGGGCACCUAGAGCUUGCUAGCUAGCCGUCUGCAGCCAGGAACGUACUUUCUUAGCUAGCCCACACUCACUCGGGAUUCUUUAGAGCCAAGAACUGUUAGAAUCUUCAGCCAAGGCCUGAGUGCCAAUACAGCCCCAGCUAUUGAAGUGAACAGGUUUGGAGAAUCUGCCCGAACACCCUUCGCUUCUGCAGCAAACAACUCAGAGGGUCCCCACGUCUUACUGGAUCCCUACGGAGAAAAAUAUCUUUCUGCAAUAUUCAGGUCCCAGAGAAGUUACCCUUUUGCCAGGCAGGUGGUUCAAGCAGCACUUGACCUCCUCAGCUCCCCCCAAGGCUUCCGGACCAGUGUAUGGACACCACAGAAUUCUACUGCAGCAGCUUCCAGAAGCCCAGCCUGAAAUUGGAAUGGGAAACUCCAGCACCAACCAAACAUGUUUCACUGAUGACUCUUUUAAGUACAAUCUGAAUGGCGCAGUUUACAGCGUCGUGUUCAUCCUUGGUCUCAUAACAAACUGUGCGUCCCUCUUUGUUUUCUGCUGUCGGAUGAAAAUGAGGAGUGAGACUGCCAUUUUCAUCACCAACCUGGCCCUCUCUGAUCUGCUCUUUGUUUUUACCUUGCCAUUUAAAAUUUUUUAUAACUUCAACAGACACUGGCCUUUUGGUGACACCCUCUGCAAGAUUUCUGGGACUGCUUUUCUCACCAAUAUCUAUGGAAGCAUGCUCUUUCUCACUUGCAUCAGUGUUGACAGAUUCCUUGCUAUUGUCUAUCCCUUCCGCUCUCGUACUAUCCGAACAAGAAGAAACUCUGCUAUCGUCUGUGCAGGAGUGUGGAUAUUGGUCCUCAGUGGUGGGAUAUCUGCCUCUUUGUUCUCCACAACCAAUGUCUCCAACUCCACAACAACCUGCUUUGAGGGGUUUUCCAAGCGCAUCUGGAAGACCUAUUUGUCCAAGAUUACGAUAUUCAUUGAAGUGGUAGGCUUCAUCAUUCCUUUGCUCCUGAAUCUCACAUGCUCUUCCUUGGUACUGAGAACUCUCCGAAAACCUGCAACACUCUCCCAGAUUGGAACCAACAAAGAAAAAGUGUUGAAGAUGAUCAUUGUGCAUGUGGCCAUUUUCAUCGUCUGUUUUGUGCCAUACAACUCUAUUCUCUUCCUGUAUGCUCUGGUCCGCUCCCAAGCCAUAACCAACUGCUCCUUGGAGAGGUUUGCCAAAACGAUGUACCCCAUUACACUGUGCAUUGCAACACUCAAUUGUUGCUUUGACCCAUUCAUCUAUUAUUUCACAUUGGAGUCCUUUCAGAAGUCUCUCUAUAUUAACACCCAGAUCAAAAUGGAGUCGCUUUUCAAGACUGAAACACCACUGACAGCAAAGACUUCUCUUCCAGCAAUCCAGGAGGAACUCAGUGAGCAGGUGAUGACUAACGGGGGAGAACUCAUGUUGGAAUCCAACCUCUAACCAUGCUACAGUUCUUGCAUUCAUUCCAUGUCAUACAACAGUUUCCCAAUGUUGAGAUCCUGAGCAACAACUUUGAGUCUAAUAUCACAGAAACUAGUGACACUCUGCCUGCCUCAAGGAGGACCCGGAUUCUUGGAGUAACUCACAUCAUUUUUUCCAAAACCUACAGGUCUGAUGCCGUUAUAACAUCCAGAGGGAGUACCAGAUUUUUUGCUCUCCUCAAGUUUUGCUAUGUGAAAUGAAUGAGUAGGGGAAAUCUUUGUUAUCUAGCGAUUUUCAUUCAAAUGGUAAGUGGAACAACCCAACUGGACUUGGAAUCACAGAAUUGAGUCAGGAAAUGGAAAAUCAAGCCUAUCAUCUUACUAUCAUCUUACAGCUACAUGCUAGUUUUUCCCCUUUCUCUACAAAGGCUAGUGGUUCCUAUAUUAAUUUUGAAUGGCUGUUUUUUGGAGAUCAAAUCAGCAGUUUUCAUCCAUCUUUAAACUGACUCUAAGAAUAUAUUUUAAAGUUUUAUUUUCAUUGAAAUAUUUGAAUGGGAACACAGAUUCGAUUCAAUAACAAUUAAGUACCUACUACAUGCAAGGCACAGACCAACUAAAUUUGGCUUGUAUGUCUCUGUGUGUGUAUUUGUGAAAACAAAAAAGAUUGUGUUAGUGUAAGAGCAGGAAAGAAGAGUUAUUGAAGUAACUGGCUCUUCUGAUCAGAAUACUUGCAAUAUAAACCAUAGUACAUGCCGAUGUAUUCAAGUGCAUGCUUAUUUUACCUUUAUAUUUGUGUACUUUUCUUACUAGCAACAUUCAGAUUGAAAACUUGGGCACAUUAUAGUUGAAAAUCAUCUGAAUUUGUGCUCAAAGCAGGGGUUAAGUGGGAGAUAGGGGAGGGGGGAUCAUAUUAAAAGAACAUUCUUAAAACAUACAUUUAUUGUAUCUUUGCAUGAUCUGUAGCCUUGGCAAGUGUGUGCUUCAUUUUCUUAUCUAAUGGAGACCUCGGCUACGGAGUAAAUAUAGGCACUAAACAUAUAGAUAGCGGCUAAGUUAGAAAAUCAGAUAGAACUAAAUCUUCUUUGCUCUUGCCAUUUACAGCAAUAUACCUGACUGGACAUGCAUCUCUCCUACUACUUUUAGAGCAAAAAAACCAAGCCAAGUUGGUCUUUUCUUUGUUUCUUUGCCACAUGCCUGCUUCUUUUGCAACUAACUUAUUCAAUAUGCAUUUCUUUCAGAUUUAUGAAACCUAUAUCAUAUAUAUAUACAUAUAUAUAUAUACACACACACACAUAUAUAUGUAUAUAAAUGAGCAUGUAUUUGUCCAUUGGGCCAAACACAUGAAAUUGAACGGCCUAGGCAUAAAAGGAUUUGAUGAGAGAAAAGGACACAGAUAAUGAAUAGAGUCUUUUUAGGCAGUGAGGAAGUAACUGCAGUGGCUCUUGCCGCAGUGACCUGAUGAUGUGUCCAUAAUAAAAAUGUAACCAACCAUUGACAAUGGACUGAAUGUAUAUUUAUAUAGCAAAUGGAAUUUUAAAUUACGCAUGAAAAUAAAAAUGAUGCUUAAACUCUAAUUUCUGCUUAGACUGACUUGGAUUUUAAAUGUUCAUUUGAUGUAAUAAAACACAUUUGAAUUAGCCAA